AACAGAGGCAACUACAACCGCCUUUCUUCUUCUUCCUCAUAGCAAUCGAAAACGCUUUCGCACUUUCUCUUGCUUUGACAAUUUCUGUUUUUAUUCAAUGGGUUCUAGUCAAGAUCUCUUCUUCCUCAUCAUCGUUCUCUUCUCCUCGAUUCUCUUUCCUCAGCUUUCCUCGCUACCGGAUCCGUCGUUUUACGAUUAUCUCCGGGAAAGCAAUCUUCCCGCCGGAAUAGUUCCCAAAGGAGUUACCAAUUUCUCGAUCGACAUCAAAACGGGGCGUUUCACCGUCGCUCUCCCUGUUCCUUGCGAUGCUAAAUUCGAGAAUCAGUUCCACUUCGACUACAAUAUCUCCGGCGUUCUCUCCGAUGGACGGAUCGGGAAUUUAUCUGGUGUGACGCAGAAGGAGCUGUUUCUUUGGUUUGCUGUGAAAGGAAUACAUGUUGAUCCGCAGAGCUCUGGGUUAAUUCACUUUGAUGUCGGUGUCGCUGAUAAGCAGCUUUCUCUUUCGCUCUUUGAGUCGCCUCGAGAUUGCACCGCCGCGGAAUCUCAACCUCGUGCGGUUGAUCUCUCUAGACCCCGUGAUUUGGAGAAGCAAUCUGAAGAAAUGCAAUCGACAAUGCAGAAGCAACCUGAAGAGAUCCAAUCGAUAUUUGGACCACGAAGAAGUCGCUGGACAUUAGGUUUUUGAUCUGAGGCUUAGAAGGAAGUGCAAAUUCUACUGAUGAUGUCUUUUGGUAUGGUGUGUGUUGUAAAAAGUUUGGUUUGUAGUAGUUUUUUUUGUUUUACACCAUAUCAUAGUAUCAUCAACAGCAUAAGCUUAGGAGGCAUGAAUACUUUUUUUUCUUUUUGCUUUGGUACACGAUUAGGGGUUAAGACAUAUAUAUAUACAUAUAUGCUUGUGGAUUUUUCACCAGAAACUGUUGUGUUAUCACACUCUUUUCUUGGUUUUUUUACUUUGUAAAAGAAAGGAUGUUGAGGAUACAUGAAUCUUUUUGUUUUGUGGUUGUUAAACAUGUCCAUGGAAGAUGAUUAGAGAAAUGAGAUUUUGAUUGUAGUAGAGAGAGAGCCAGAGCAGAUUAAUCAGUUAAAUAAUGAUGAAUCCAUCUAAGCU